AUGCCCUUGAGGCCAGAGAUGCUAUUUCAUCAAGUCACCAGCAAGGGCGUGGCGAAACUGGAGAGCAUCGAGAGAGACCGCUUGAUGGAUCUGAAGGCCCAUUGCCUGGAGCGUGGCUACCAUGUGAGCACACGCCUCGCGGCGCCAGAUCCAGUGAAUCCGAGGAAAGAAACAGGUGCACAGAAGAGCCACAGAAAAGAGUGCAACUCGCAUACCUUCCUACGUGACGUUGGGCAUGUCGUGAAGCCGUGGGAGCGGCAGACGACCGUGUUGGCCCGGCUCUGCAUGGGGCCGGGAAGGGAUGUCCUUCCGCAAGGCCAGACGCACAGCUUCCUCGUGGUGAAGUGCAACAAGCCGGCGGUUGUCGUCUGGGCGCCUUCGGAGGCGAAAAGCGAGUUCAAGCAUCCGGGGGAGCUCCUCUUCAUUGUCCGGCUGCUCGACGACACUGCGAGGCUCGCCGAAGUGACCGUGCCGUCUUUUGACAUCCGUUUCAGUAAUGAGACUACCUGGGUUUUGAAGAAGACGCUUGCCAGCGACAUGGGGCGCGUGAAUCGCAAGAUCCUGCCCAAGGUCGUACAGCAGAAGGCCAGAAUCAAGGCGCCAGAGCCGCAGGUAAUUGGGAAGCGCGCUGAUAAGACAAUUCCGGCGGUCAACGAUGACUCAGAAGGUGAGGACGAAAAUGGUGAGGAUUCUGGCGAUGAGAGUGUCGGCGAUGAGAAUGUUCAAGAAGCGGCCCACGAACCCAUCGACAAAAACGCUUGGAAGUACAAUUCGAAUACUGAUGGCUACACCCACGGGAUUCCGAUUGCCCAGUGGGCAUUCGUUUGCAGGUUCGAGAAGAAAGGGCUAAACAUUUACAAUCGGAGGGAUCGGCGGAUAAUUAUUUUCGGGCGACCCUGGAUUGUUUCCAAGAAUACAGCGACUCCCAUCUCGAGGAUCCGGAUCCGCGCGAAGCAGAUACUCCCUGCUACAAGCGGGAGAAAGACCCCAAGAAAGACCUCGAGAAGCUGA